UAUUUGUGAGCUUUUUUUUUUUUGCCUUCUUGUGAGUGCAGUGCAGCAUCAUCAGGAAAUCUUCAACGAUUCUCUUAGAUUAUUGUGGGUGGAUUGAGAAAUGGGGAGGCUUUUUGUGGUUAGUCUUGAGGGCAAGAUCUACAGCUGCAAGCACUGCCGGACCCAUCUUGCUCUCAGUGAGGACAUCGUCUCUAAGUCUUUCCACUGCAGGCAUGGAAAAGCUUAUCUCUUCAAUAAGGUUGUGAACGUCUCUGUUGGAGUGCAUGAAGAGAGGAUGAUGAUGACGGGAAUGCACACUGUUGCUGACAUAUUCUGUGUUGGGUGUGGAUCCAUUGUGGGAUGGAGAUAUGAGACUGCCCAUGAAAAGCCCCAGAAGUACAAAGAAGGAAAGUCUGUCCUUGAACGGUUUAAGGUCUCGGGUCCUGAUGGAAGCAACUACUGGAUCACUCCAGAAGCUCAUGUUGGUGGAAGUGAUGCAGAUGACGCAUGAUUAACCUUUAUUUCAAAAUGUACAUUCUUGGAACCCCUAUUGUUCUUAUUUGACUCGUGGAUUCUGGAAUUGGCAAUUUCUCAUUUGAGUGGCUUUCUUGGCUUGCCCAGCUUGCCCCAAUAAAAUGAAUGCAGACUUUUUAUCAAU